GGGUAAAGUGCUGGGGCGGACGAAACAUCGACAAAGCGCGUUCUCCUUGUCGUCCUGGUGCUCGCGGUGGCUGAUGCUGAAGACGUACCGUCAUCCAUCGUUGCUUGCUUGUUGGUCGUCGAGUUCUUGGGCGUCGAUAUCGAGCGUGGGUGAUGGUGGGAAGCAAGCUGCGAACUGUUCGUCGUGCGGGGUGUUUCAUGGCGGCGCAGCCAAACAACACCAAACCGAGCGCCGACCCUUCCGGUGGCGCGCGGGCCUUCGCCGUUAUGCCUGGCUGCAGCACACAGCUGCGAUUGCAUGAAUAUAGUGUAUAUGGACGAAAAUGCAGACGAAUCGUCCUCGUCGCACGCAACGACGAGCAGGCUUGAGUACGCGUCGAGGGUGGCCUGCAACACCGCCGGGAUAGACCGGCUCGCUUAUUCCAGGUCUAGGGUCGCGGCGUGCCGGGCCCAACGACCAGUCCUCUUUUCCUCCAUCAACGUCGACAUCAUCUCUCCUGCUCCCGCCGUCAUCCUCGUCGUCGAACUCGCCGAGCGGCCUAAAAUCCCAUAAUGCGCACCCAGAUGCUUGCCGCCGUCCUCCGCGCCCGCCCCGCUACCACCCGGGCUGCUCCUAGAUUCAUCCGCAUGUCCUCCAGCGCGCACGGACAGGAGACCUUCGAGGCGUUCACCGAACGCUACGUCAACUUCUUCGAGAAUGCAGAGGACCUCUUCGAGGUCCAGCGUGGGCUGAACAACUGCUUCGCCCACGACCUCGUCCCGGCGCCCUCCGUGGUCGAGGCUGCUAUCCGUGCAGCUCGACGCGUCAACGACUUUGCGACCGCCGUGCGCGUGUUCGAGGGUGUCAGGGAGAAAGUCGAGAACAACCAGCAGUACCAAUCAUAUCUGGAUGAGCUCAAGGGUGUCCGUGAGGAGCUUGGCAUCAGUACCGUGGAGGAGCUGUACCGCCAGUAAACCAAUUUGGACCGCAUAGGUAUUGCAUUUUGCACAGGCGGAAAGUCACAGUCUUUGCGUUUUCGUCUUGCAGUGUUCCAGCUGUACCCCUACUAGAUCACUCAUUAUGCUCUAUACAAUUGGGUACAGGUUACGCUAC